AUGUCGUCUGAGAAAGUUCGCAGAGACAACACCACCCACGAACGUGAAAUUCACAUAGAGAAAGAAGUUCCAAAAAUCACAAGUCACUUCGAGUCUUUGACUGUGAUAGUGAAGGAUUCAGAAAAUCCUCAUGAGCGAUCGCAUGAUAGUGGAGCCAAGAGUGGUAAUGCAAUGGCUGAAGUUGAAAAGGCCACAGACCAUGAAAAAGAUCGAGAUAAAGAGUCGUUUGCUGAUCAAACAAGGAGAGCAAAUAUGGCUGGUGAGAAACAGGCAGAAGAUAAAAGAUCAGGAAGAGGAGAGCAGGAGAAGACAAUAGGGCUUCAUGGUGUAGGAAAAUUUGAUAUAAGCGGAAGGACAAAUGGGCACGGAAACGGAAGGCCGAGCCAGGGACCAUCACCAGGAGAGACAAAUGGGCACGCAAUUGCAGGGCGGGAGAAGGAAAAAGGGAGACAAAUGCAGGUCCAGGAAAUGGGCAAAAAAAAAAAAAAGCAUGACCACGAAAUGGGCAGACAAAUUGUCAGCAGAAACAAUCCUGUGACACAAAUUCAGAGCCAAGCCGGGAGCAACCGGGGCCAAGAAGUGGGCACUCAAAUGCAGGACCAAGCCUGGGGUAUCCAGGACAAAGAGAGGAGCAGGCAAAUGCAGGACCAGGCCCAUGGCCGCGAGGAGGAAGAGAGGAGUGGACAAAUGCAAGGCCAAUCUGAGGGUCACGAUAGGCAGCAACAGCCUUCUCUUGAACAAAUAUCCAAGGCCAGAGCAACAGCGCAGCAGAACUCAGCUGAGGCUUUAAGGGCUGCGGAGGAGCGAUACAAUCAGGCGAAAGAAGAGGCCAGGCGAAAACUUGGUUCUGCAACGGAAUAUGCCGCUGAAAAGGGAUCUCAAGCAAAGGACACCGUGCUUCAGGGUGCUCAGAAAACUUCACAUCUCUUUGCAGAGAAAGGCAGUCAGGCCAAGGACACAGCUCUAGAGACAGGCAAAUCUGCCAAGGAAUACACCGUUCCGAAAGCAGAACAAGCCAAAGAUUAUGCAAUAGAAAAGGUUACGAAGGCAAAAGAAACGGUAGUUGAUACUACCAAGAAGGCUGCAAGUUACACUGGAGAGAAGGCUGCGGCUGCAAAAGAUGUGACAGUAGAGAGUGGCAAAGGGGCUGCUGAAUAUGCAGGGAAAGUAGCUGCAGAUGUGAAGGACAAGCCUGUAGUGGCAGGCUGGAGCACCGCGCAAUAAACAACUGAGAAAGCAGUGGAGGGGACUGCUGCAGUGGCAAAGGCAGCACAAUACACGACAGAGAAAGCGGUGGAAGGGACAAAGGCGGCGGCGAGGGCUGUUCAAGGAGUUGCAGGGUAUGCUGGUCACAAGGCAGCUGAGAUAGUGGCCAAACCGCUGGGUGCUGCAAAAGAAGUUGCUGUCUCUACUGGUGAGACUAUGAAAGAAUAUACUGCCAGGAAGAAGGAAGAGGCAGAGAGAGAACUUGAGGCUAAGAGGUCUUCUGGAAGACAGCAGGACACCGAGAGGACUCGCCAAGGAGGUGACAACGAAGGAGAACCAAAGUCCCACACAGAAGAACCAAAAGAGAAGGUGCAAGACGUCGCCAGAAAAACUGGAAGCACCAUCCAGGAAACCCUUCAAGGAGGCCAAGAAAAACGAGGAAAAGAAGGCUUAGAGUAUGGACAAGAUGGAAGAGGAGUACUGAAGGCGAUUGGCGAAACUGUAAUGGAAAUUGCCCAAACAACAAAAGACCUCGUCAUUGGUGGCAGAGAGACUGACGAUGAGAUACUUGGUUUCGAGUCAAGCCAAUAUAAGGAGCAGCAGAAAGGAGUGGCUCGACGUGGACAGUCAAAUUGAAUGGCGAAUUUAUGAGGCGGCAUAGUAUGAGCAGGGAUACACAAAAUAGUCUUUGAAUAAAUGUUUUAGGCGUUGAUCAGGCUAAAGGAGAGGUGUUGCCAACUAAUUAUGGCCGUGUCAAUGUGGAGAAUUGAAGGAUGAAUGUUAGUUGAACCAUUUGUAUGGUCGGUUUCGUUUGUAAUCUGG